AUGAUGAUUUUUCAUAUUGAAUCACUUUAUCCUAACAUACCAAUUGAUGAAGCAAAUAAACUGAUAGAAGCACAAAAAAUGAAUUAUUUAUUCUCUUUAAUUUCACAACAAAUUGACGGAGGCGAUAUGGGUUCUCCACUUGCACCUACUAUAGUCGAUUUAUUUAUUACUAAUUUAGAACAACAUCAUCUAACAGUAAUUCAAAAUUUUAAAUUAAGAAAUAAAUGUACUGUGUAG